AAGUGCCGGGCAAUCUGGGCUUAACGGGUCCUCCCUGCCCGAGCAAGAGGAAGGGACGCUCACCUUUGAGCUGCUCCACAGCGCCGCCUCUGCACUGGCACUACCUAGCCCAGGUGGCUCUGCAGGAGUCCGAAGUCGCGGGUUUCGUGCCCGCAUCAGGCAACAGUGCCACUGUUGUCUUCAGGGCUGAGUCCUUUUGUUCUUGCACUCACGCCUCUCUGCCCUCCAAGCCAGGAUGGUGAACCCGACAACUUCCGAAGUGCAACCCACCAUGGGGGUCAAGAUCUUCUCAGCCGGAGUUUCAGCUUGCCUGGCAGAUAUCAUCACCUUCCCGCUGGACACUGCCAAAGUCCGCCUUCAGAUCCAAGGUGAAGGCCAGGCUUCCAGUACCAUUAGGUAUAAAGGUGUCCUAGGGACCAUCACCACCCUGGCAAAAACAGAAGGAUUGCCGAAACUGUACAGCGGUCUGCCUGCGGGCAUUCAGAGGCAAAUCAGCUUUGCCUCACUCAGGAUUGGCCUCUACGACUCAGUCCAAGAGUACUUCUCUUCAGGGAGAGAAACACCUGCCUCUCUCGGAAACAAGAUCUCAGCCGGCUUAAUGACUGGAGGUGUGGCAGUGUUCAUUGGGCAGCCUACAGAGGUCGUGAAGGUCAGAAUGCAAGCCCAGAGCCAUCUGCAUGGGAUCAAACCCCGCUACACGGGGACCUACAAUGCUUACAGAGUUAUAGCCACCACAGAAAGCUUGUCAACACUUUGGAAAGGGACGACCCCUAAUCUAAUGAGAAAUGUCAUCAUCAAUUGUACAGAGCUGGUAACAUAUGACCUCAUGAAGGGGGCCCUUGUAAACAACAAAAUACUGGCAGAUGACGUCCCCUGCCAUUUACUGUCAGCUCUUGUUGCCGGGUUUUGCACCACACUCCUGGCCUCUCCAGUGGAUGUGGUAAAAACAAGAUUCAUCAACUCUCUGCCAGGACAGUACCCAAGCGUACCAAGCUGUGCGAUGUCCAUGUACACCAAGGAAGGACCGACGGCCUUUUUCAAAGGGUUUGUGGCUUCUUUUCUGCGACUCGGGUCCUGGAACGUCAUCAUGUUUGUGUGCUUUGAACAGCUGAAAAAAGAGCUGAUGAAGUCCAGACAGACAGUGGAUUGUACCACAUAAGCAACUUGGAGGAAGAGAUACUGAACAUCAUUGGGCUUCUAUGCUGGGAGACCACGAAUAAAACCAACCAAAGAAAUCAAAUGAACAGCUCCGUUGACUUUAUUUACAUUACAAGAUCAUUUCCAGUAGAGAGUUUUGAAACCUCUUUUAAUUUUUUUUAAAGGGAAAACUAACACAUACACAUAGUUUUUAUUCUUACUGUCUUAAAGACAGAAGAGCAUAGCAUUCACUAAUAUUUUGAGAAAAUAAUACCUAUAUAAAGUCCUGUAUUUAACUGGUCUUUGGGGAGAGGUGGGAGUGUAUGACUGGGUAUAAAGAAUUCUGAUUACAGCUCAAACUAGUGGGAAGGAAAAAUUAGUCCAAAACCCUUUACAUCGAUAAACACUUUAAAAAAGAAAGCUAUCAAAAAAAUAUUGCCAUUUCAUCUUAUUUAUUGACCACAGUUCACAGCUAAUAUACUCAAUAAAGUAUUGCUAAUUCCAUCU